AGCUCAGAGCGUGACAGAGAAACACUAGGAACAUCUGGGUCCGGCGGUAGCUGUCAUCUGUCACUUCGGUUCUGUAUCCUUCUCCUGUGGACGGACUGAAAAUGGGACGCUGUCCGAGUUAGCUUUGAAAGAGGACACGAAUAACCGGGUGCUAAAACUACCAGGUUGAGCCUCCAGUCGGAUCGUUUACUUUCAAAAAGGGACACAGGAGCUCAGAAGACAUGCAGACUUUCCUGAAAGGUCGCAGACUUGGCUACUGGCUCAGCGAGAAGAAGAUGAAAAAACUGAACUUUCAGGUUUUUGCAGACUUGUGCAGGAAAAGAGGAUUAGAAGUUGUUCAGCUGGACCUAAGCCAGCCUCUGGAAGACCAGGGUCCGCUGGACGUCAUCAUUCACAAACUGACUGACCUCAUCCUGGAAGCUGACCAGAACGAUUCACAAGCUGUGCUGCAGCUGCAAAGAGUACAGGACUACAUUGAUGCCCACCCUGAGACGAUAGUCCUGGACCCUCUUCCAGCCAUCCGAACGCUUCUGGAUCGCUGCAAAUCCUACCAACUUAUCCACAGAAUAGAAAGAUGCAUGCAAGAUGAGAGGAUUUGCUCUCCCCCCUUCAUGGUCCUGAACACGGAGUGCAGCCCAGAUGUGCUGGAGCAGAUCAGGAGGCAAGGUCUCACAUUCCCCUUCAUUUGCAAAACACGGGUGGCUCAUGGCACCAACUCCCACGAGAUGGCCAUCAUCUUCAGUGAAGAUGACCUGAAGGAUGUGAAGCCUCCGUGUGUGAUCCAGAGCUUCAUCAACCACAACGCGGUCCUCUACAAGGUGUUUGUGGUGGGAGACUCCUACACCGUGGUGGAGAGACCCUCCCUGAAGAACUUCCCCUCUGGACCAGCAGACAGGAAAGCCAUCUUCUUCAACAGUCACAACGUUUCCAAACCAGAGUCAUCCUCAGACUUGACCUCAAGAGAAAACAUCGAGGGAGUGUCUCAGCCGCCAAAUGAUGAUGUCAUCAGGGAGCUGUCCAGGUUGUUGAGACAGGCGCUGGGUGUGUCUCUGUUUGGCAUUGAUGUGAUCAUCAACAACCAAACAGGACAGCAUGCGGUCAUUGACAUCAACGCAUUUCCUGGUUACGAGGGCGUCCCUGAGUUUUUCAACGACCUGCUGAACCACAUAAGCGGCGAGCUCCAGAGCCGCAACCCCGACUUUGCUCCCGCCGACGAACAAUCCAAAGAGCUGCCGGCGAGCCCCACGGUACCGGGCCCCGCCCCGCCGUCUUCGGGCUGCUGCGGCAGCAUGCGGGGGAAAGAGCUGCAGAGACUGGGCUGCAACUCGACCGUGUCUCCAAACUUUCAGCAGCACUGUGUCUCCACGAUAGCGACCAAGGCGUCCUCCCAGUGACUGACCCCCUCCUCACCGUUUAAGCCCUGAACAAACAUCUGUUUGUACAGUGGUGCCGAGAAUAAUAAUGAAUAAUAAACAAAUUAAAUAUGAUGUUAAUAUGUAUCUAAUCAAAAU